CAGUAGCACAUGGCGGUGAGCUAUGGAGGGAUCGCUGCUCACCACCUAGAGAGCGAUCUGGUUGCGCGGAGACAAUUUUUGAAUGUGGGGGGUGGAAGCUUCAAUAUUGAUUAGCUUGGAUUAAAUCUCAUAUUUCAUUCCCCGGUUGUAUUUUGAAGGGGUAACCGGUAUCUCAUGGGAGUAGUUAUUUUGUGAUCUAUAGGAUCUAUUUGUGGAUCGUAUGCCAUGUCUGGUUUUAGGUGAAGAAAGAAAGACAGAGGGAGAGAGAAGAAGAAGAAGAAGAAGAGUGGAAAAAAUUUUGAACAUGAAUAACAGAGGGUGCGGUUGGGGUGCAUGUCAGACAAGACACAGGUUACUGCUUUGAUUUCUAGAAGAAGAGUUUGAGUACCAUGAUGAACAUGACCUCCGGCAUGUGUUGCAAAAAUCACCUCAUUCAUGUCUGUCAUGGGGACAUGCAGAAAAUGCCCUUUGGCUCUGUUCCACCUCUUCUUGGUGUGGUUGAUUUUUCAGCAAUUUCUGGAAGUAUUCGAUCUAAUCAAAGAUGGAGAUCUACAAAGACAGCUGUUGCAGCUGAUUUGCACCUCCCUAUGCGGAGCCUUGAAGUUAAAAACAGGACUUCUGUGGAUGACAUUGUGAAGCUUAGACUGAUCACAGCCAUUAAGACACCAUAUUUGCCUGAUGGGAGAUUUGACUUAGAAGCUUAUGACUCUUUAAUGAACAUGCAGAUAGCAAAUGGCACCGAGGGUGUUAUAGUUGGGGGAACAACAGGUGAAGGACAUCUCAUGAGUUGGGAUGAACACAUUAUGUUGAUUGCCCAUACUGUUAAUUGGUUUGGUGGGUCAAUCAAAGUGAUUGGGAAUACUGGUAGCAACUCAACAAAAGAAGCAAUCCACGCAACAGAACAGGGCUUUGCUGUUGGAAUGCAUGCUGCUCUUCACAUCAACCCUUACUAUGGGAAGACAUCUAUGCAGGGCCUGGUUUCUCAUUUUGAAAGUGUUCUUUCCAUGGGGCCAACCAUCAUCUACAAUGUGCCUUCAAGGACCGGUCAAGAUAUUCCUCCUGAUGUGAUCAAUGUGCUUGCAAAGCAAGAUAACAUGGCAGGAGUUAAAGAGUGUGUGGGCAACAAUCGCAUUAAGCAGUACACAGACAAGGGCAUGUGCAUUUGGAGUGGUAAUGAUGACGAGUGCCACGACGCAAGGUGGGAAUUCGGUGCUACUGGAGUUAUUUCAGUUACCAGCAAUCUGGUGCCUGCUCUGAUCCAUGCGCUCAUGUUCCAGGGAAAGAAUGAAGAUCUCAAAAAGAAGCUUUUACCAUUGAUGAAGUGGCUAUUCAGUGAGCCCAACCCAAUUGCCCUUAAUACCGCUCUUGCACAGUUGGGUGUGAUUAGGCCUGUUUUUAGGCUACCUUACGUACCCCUUCCUCUGUCUAAAAGGUUAGAAUUUGUCAAUAUAGUCCAGGAUCUUGGAAGAGAGAAUUUCAUAGGGGAGAGAGAUGUUCAGCUUCUUGAUGAUGAAGAUUUUAUUUUGGUUGGUAGAUACUGAUCAUUGUGGAUUGGAUGAGGCUAAUGUUAUAUGGUCUUUGCUGAGUCUUGUGUAUGUGAGCAUAACCAGAUACAGAAGAAUUUUUCAGUUUUCCUUUCUAUGCUAUGCUGUUAUUAUGUAGUC